CAAAUAAUGGGGCAGGAAAACGUUCAUUCGAUAAUUUCGAUUUUACGCAUGUAGCCGACAGAGUCAUUCUGUAGAACGUAACUAGAUAAUAUUUGAAAAGUAUGAUCUAGCACGCUUCGUGUUGAUACUGCAUGCACUAUGAAAUGGUGAAAGAAAUAGUAUUCCGUUUAGUUAAUAUUGGAUAGCUCUUCAAAAACACAGUAUAUGGAUUAUGAAGAUAAGUCUAAGUGUAUAGUUUCGACUUAGUGGAGCUCCAUUAAGAUGAGCCUAGCAAUUUACGAUUAAUCAAAAACAACAACCAGUCAAAAAGAAACCGAAAAUCAAAUCACCUUUAACCCGAAGAUUGUAGAAAAUUUCUCUGUGUAAUAUUUAUCUUGAAAAGGUAACUCUAUACAAAAUAUAUAAUUCCUAAAAUAAGCAUACUUAUAGUUUAUAUAUCUUACAUAUCGUAAAUGAGACAAAGCCACUUUUCCCUCUCUCUCUCUCUGUCUCUACGAAGGCAUCUUAAAUAUUUAAAAUACGUCCGUUAGAGACAUAAUAUCGAAAUAUACCUGUACAAGCUAUUUUCACUACAAUAAACUAUGUAACCAAUUAGAUACACCAAGUUAUUUCGUAACCGCUUAUCUAAGCUUUUCAUAUAUUAAUCGUGUGCGUUUGCUCGGCAUUAUUAGUUGAUAAUUUGUCUUCACUAUUUAUGACUCUCAAAAUCUCUACCUUGUGAAGAUAUCCUUGGGUAUCAUAUAAAGCGAUCUGAAAAAAGACUACGCGACCUAACUCUGAAAUCAUCAAAAUGUCCGGUUGAGCAGUUUUCGUAGCUUCUAUAAUUAACUGAAAAUUCUCUCUAUUUUGUUAUCUAACAGAGACGCGAAAAAACAGAAUAUAUGAAUGACACCUAUAUUGAAUUAUCGUUCCGACAAGUGAGUCUGCUUUUGAAAAUAGGUGAAAGGCACAUCGCUGCCUCACUGUUUAUAUAACAGUAAUAGAGACUCUGAGAAAAGGACAGUGAUAGCUUCUGUUAUCACGCGCGCACUAGCAAAUUAUCUGUGCUUGAGACGAGUUCAAUGCUAUUGCACUAUUGUACAAACGGGCAAGCCAAUCCAAUUAUGUUCUACGUAUCGACCUAGCAAAAAAGUAAUACCGAUUAAGAUUAGGUAUCGGCGCUAAGUACGAUUCUCUGUGCAUUUUUGACGAAAAAAAAACCGCAUAUUACGAAACGAGUGUUAAUGUUCAUAGCAAUUUCCUAUCAACUCGUUUAGGUCCCUAGGGUAUCAUUUACAGAUAGUUACUAUUACAAAUAAUAAAACUUUUACGUCAUCGUUACCAUUGACGAUUUGGGAAUAUGUUCAUCAUAUUUGUAAACGUUCAUCAGAUUGUUAAAUACAGUUCAGUUUUUGUUACAGGAUACCUAUUGCAAAGUUCCCUUCUCCGUGGCUAUCCAUAGAACGUUCUCUAUGAUAGAUUUGCAGCGGUAGCGCUAGCAACGGCCUCCUGAUGAGGCCGCCGGGAACUAGACCACUGCUCACCUGCGCGCUGUGUCGAUUUCUGCUUUGUGUUUGGCGGUUCUACAACAGCUGACAGCGUUCGCUCCACCAAUCAGCGGAAAGUUGUUCAAUACUGUGAAACAAACGCUUUCUGCUGUUAGAACUUAUUGUCGGAUAUCCAUGAAACGUUACCAGAUUUUAUGUAGUUCAUACACUUUGACUUGUAUGUCCCUUUAUGUUAAUGACGUCUGUGCAUCUUCAAGCAGUUCAAUUAUCCAGGAUAGUCUCCGAUUCUCUAGAAAGUCUGCCUGUCGAAACUAUACAGUGGUUCAGAACGGCUUUUCCUUUUUCCAUAGUAUCUAACCGACUGUUAAGACAAUCUUCUCAUCUAAAAACAGCUGAGAAGCGAAGAUCCGUCGUUUCGAAGUGUUUUCGUCUAGUCCGUGCGCAAGGCUCAGGGCGACCUGUCAAAUAGUGUCGAGUGACACUUUUUCCAUGGAUAUCGGUGGCUUUACUUAUUGUGAACUGACACGUAAAUAGUAUUAACUUGCCAGUGUACAUUAUUUAAUAUCUACAGAACAAACAGAACUUAAGUGUGCACCUGCUGUGACCGAACUACAGUUGCAGUCCUAUGACUGCAAUAAUAAUAUUAGUUUAAUCGAAGGAGGGCUGCCGAAAAUAAAGAAAAUUGUUACGAGAUCAAAACAUUUCAACGUUCCAACAGCUGACAAACACACUGUGAGAAAAAUGCAUGGUCGCCUGAAGGACUAUUAUAUGAAGGUACUGUGCCAGUGCUAUUCAGAUGAUGGUCGUAUGCUCGUGUGCGGGAAUAAUUAUGGCGAACUGAUAUUGUUUGAUGUUGAAAAAGCCCUACGAGACGAUGGAAGUCGUCAGGAUUCGACGGCGGUUCAAAAUGGAGGAAGCUUUUCCGGAGUGGCCUCUGCGUCCUCGUCAACGACAACUUUAAAAGAUUCCCGAGUACGAACGCAGGUUUCCAGCGGUGCCCUGUAUUGUUUAGCAUCGGCUGGCGAGUACCUGCUUGCAGGUGGCGUAGGAGAAGUUCUUGCUUUGUCAUGGUCGUCAAUAUUGGAAGGCCGACUUGAAGUUGACUGGGCUCUACGGUUGCCAAUGCACAGCGGGCUAAACAAACCCGAAGUUAACGCACUGGCACUAGGAGAUGGAAAUCAACGAGCCUAUCUGGCGUCAGGUGAUAACAAGGUACAUUCGUUCGAGCUAGAAACCCGCCAAUUGUUGGGUUCUCUUGAAGAACAUCAGGACUAUGUGCAUGGAGUUGCUAUCAAUCGAACGGAGAGCGAGUUGUAUUCAGCUGGCGAAGAUGGCACUGUUAAACUGUGGGACCUCCGCUCACGAAAAACUGUUUGUUCAGUCGAUGUAAAGAAGUUUGAAAAGUUGAGAUCGCGUAGUGGAGCCUCUUGGGUUGGGGCCGUAGCCCUAGAUCGCUCUGAAGAGUGGCUGCUUGUCUCUGGUGGACAUUUGCCCGCCGUCCUACACACGAAGUCAAUGUCACCCACAAUUGUAUUCGGAGAUGUUGAUAAUGAUUGUUAUGUAGCGACAUUCUCCAACGAUCUCAUCACGGUCGCUGGGGAAGGUGGUAAAGUGCAUCACUAUACGUUAUCUGGCGAACUCCGAGCGGCUGUCCCAUCAUCAUCGGCUGCCGUUUACUCUGUUGCAAUGCACCCGCAGAAACGAUGCGCCUCAACUGCUGGAGCCAGCAAUAAGAUUGAUCUUAGUCGCAACCUCAUGUACAACGACCUCGUACUCACUGUUUAGACGCUGUCUGUGAGUACACAGAUUGGUCUAAGAUAAAAGGACGUUGAUAUUAUUUGGCCAUACAGAUCGCAAAAGAAAUGCAAAAAAGAUUAUUAAGGCGCGCAUCAUAGAGGACUGAAAUAUUAUUAAGGUCCCAGCUCAACGAAUCAACCGGCGUUUAUUCGUUGUUAAGUAUUUUCGACCGCGAACGGACCGUCAACUGCUUUUCAUUGGUGGAUAUAUGUGUGGACGCAUCGAUGACAAGAAAUGGCCAUAAAAUUAAUAUUAUUUUCUGCUCUGUUACACCACAAUAAUAAUAUUAAAUAAUAUUAUAUUCAUUUGUAAUUUGCUGCAUAGCACCCCACUUCGCGACGCAAAAGCAGCAGCUUGACGCAGAGUAUACAUACGAUGACAACAAUGAUUGUACUAGAUAGCUUAGUAGAAAAAGAAUUGCCUAUAUAAAUAUAUGAAUGCCCGCUCGCUGGGUAGGCGACCGAUAAUAGCGGAGGCGUAGCGAGCAUGUAUACGCUGUAAUUUAGACUCGGUUCUUGAAUGAUCUUCGUUCGGUUUUUGGCGUCUCGGAUACUUCACAAGUUUUUUUUGUUAGAUCAUAUUGCCCUGCUACUAAGCGGCUCUUGUAUUAAUUAUAUAUUAAUAACAUGGGAAAACAAGCUGCGGCUCCUGGAGUCGAAUGGUUGGUGUCGCCCGCGAAUCAAGUCCGACGGAAACAAACAGCGGAAAAGACCCAGAAUUUGACGACGAUUUGUUGUUAAAUUGUGAACAGAAAGAUCGAUAAUGAAGGACAAACAACAGCAACAAUAACAAAGGAAAACAGCUGAUGAAACGAUCGGUUUGUGAUUAGGUGAAUUUGUAGAUAAGAAAAAAAUACCUAUGGUCAUUAUUAUUGUUUGACAGGAAAUUAGAGAACAUGAAGUAUGUCCUGUUUAACUUGUUCCCUAUGAGUUGCCAUGAACUGUUUAGCCACGUCUGAGCAUUCGCUAAACUGGUCACCCCAUGAAUAAUUCAAAUAAUGUUAGCGUUUGUUGUUUGAAACGAUGCUACUAACUUGUCGAAUGACGUAGGUUAUGUGAAGUAAUUAAUAACAACACUAAUGAUAUUGAGCGUAAUCUUAAUGAACAAGGAGAUAAUAAAAUGGAAGCAAUGCAAACGGAA